AGAAAAAAAGAAAAGAAAAAGGACAGAGCCUUUAUACAUUUAAAUUUUUAGUUUUAGGUAGAGAGAGAGAGAGAGAAAUCUCAUGACUUAAAAACCAGAGGUUUUUUCAUAUCUGCUUAAAACACACACAACAUCUCACCGUUUGAUUUCAGGUGUGUUUGUUUGGGGGGUUUUUGGGGUUUAGACAUUUUAGAAAGAGAAAGAGACAAGAGUCGAGAAAGAAGGAGAAAGAAGAAGAAGAAGCAUGAAAGUGAAGGGAGGAGGGAGGAGAAAGAGCUGGGACUCAAAUUUAGGCGGAGAUUCCGACACUAACCCAACACCCAAUGGCUCCUUGUCUCAGCCCGACCCUUCUCUUUUCCCUCUUUCUCUUGAACAGCAAGAUGCCCAUCUAAAACUCGACGAUGCCCAGCCCCAACCGGAUACUCAAGAUGCUGAAAACAACGAAGACGAGGACGAUGAAGACGAGGACGAAGCUGAUAAUGAUGAUGCUAAUGAAAACACUGAGCGUCCCAAGCUUGACGACGGCUUCUACGAAAUCGAAGCCAUUCGCCGUAAAAGGGUCCGCAAGGGUCAGCUUCAGUACCUCAUCAAAUGGCGUGGUUGGCCAGAGACAGCUAACACCUGGGAGCCUUUGGAGAAUCUCCAGUCAUGCUCUGAUGUUAUUGAGUCAUUUGAAGAGAGCUUGCAAUCCGGAAAGCAUAGGAAGCGGAAGCGCAAGCAUGGGACUCCUCAUUCUCAGUCCAAGAAGAGACACCAACGUUCGACAGUUGCUCCCUUCAAUGGCACAGGCUUGGAAACCACUGAUAUGGACAAAUCCACAACAGCCCUCGACAAUUUGAGCCUUGCUGAGAUUUCUGCUCUCCCACAUGAAGAAUAUGUUGGGGAUGUCAUUGUCAACAACAGCGAGGCAUUCAAGAAGUUCAAUGUUGAAAAUGGUCUCAUGAAUGCUUUCCCCAAAAAUAGUGGAAGGAAAGAUGGAAAUGAGUAUGAUCCAAAACUUAGUGAGCUUAAAACAACCUCUACUAGCAAUGCAGAUAAACUGGGCGUACAAUAUCAAGAACCACAGGCUCCGGAAGGCAAUGGCCCUACAGAAGGAAUUCCCCAGGUGCAUUGCGUGGAAACUGUUCAGAACAAUCGCAGUAUGGGAGCUAAGAGAAGAAAGUCUGGUUCUGUGAAGAGGUUUAAACAAGAUUCGCCUUUAUGUGAAGCUCCUGUUAUGCAAAAUAUAACAAUUGGAACCAGCAUUCUCCCCGGCAGCAGAAUUGAACUACUAGGGACAGAAAAUCUCACUGUUGGUGGGGAAAAUCCAAGUCACGAUAAUAGGGUUGAUGAAUUAGAAAAUGCAUUGUGUAUAACCAAGAUUAUCAAACCAAUAGGCUAUUCAGCUUCUGUGACAAACAAUAUCCAGGAUGUGUCAGUGACUUUUAUGGCCAUGAGGUCGGAUGGAAGAGAGGUGAUGGUGGAUAACAAGUUCCUUAAGGCCAAUAACCCACAUCUGUUGAUCAACUUUUACGAGCAGCAUCUCCGAUACACCGCUACAUUGUGAUUCAACAAGUAUAUGCAGAUCAUAAGCAAUUUCGAUCUUCAACUUGUUUGCUGUUAGCUUUAUACAGUUCCUUCCUAGUAUUGUAGUUGCAGGAGAUGCUGAAGUUCAACAAAUGUAGUUAUCAGUGUAAAAACCAAGUAAUAUAUAUGAUGAAACUAGGGUUCAUACCAGUGUCAAUCUGCCCAUUAUCUCAUUUUGGUUUCUCAUAUGAUGACUAGAGAUUAUUUUCGGAUCUUAACAUGAGAAUGAAAAUGAUUUAGAAAGUAUACUUUACUGUUUCAAAA